GACAGGCUGAUCCACGACAUGAGCGUGCUGGGCAUCCACCUGGACACCUUCUGGAAGUGGCUCUUCAUGCUGACGCAGCGGCGGCGCUUCAUCCAGCUGCUGCGACAGAUGGAGCGCAGCUUUUGCCUCGGGGUGCUCGCGUGUCCGACAGAUCGUCUCGCACUUCAGGACGGUUACUUGCAAGGGCAAGGAAUACAGCCAUGGGCGGUGCCGACGAAACUGUACGAGGUUCUCGAGAGGACGCGGUUCCGCUACUGGCUGGUGACCGUCGUGUGGUCAGUGAUGUGCGUGCUCGGCGCCUCGCACUGGUACUUCGUGCCGCUCCUCAAAGGAGAUGAUUCACUGCGAUACGACGCGUGGUACCCAUUCGACAGCCAACAGCCAACUAUUAAGAAGAUGGUGUACUGGAUGCAGUAUGCAUGCUCCAUGUACUCGGUGAUGAUCCUCUGCUUCUUCGACUGCCUGCUCAUGUGGCUGCAGCAGCUGCUGUGCAUACAGCUACGCUAUCUUGCCGGCAACUUGCGAGAACUCUCUCGCAGCGACGGGGCGCUCAACGUCGAUCGCCGUCAGACGUUGGCAGUUUGCAUCUCACACCACGAGCACAUUCUGAGAGUCAUGAGAGAACUGAACGCGUUCGUCGCACCUCUGCUCUUUUUACAGUGCUUCAAAAACAUGAUGAUCCUGUGCUUGGUGGCGUUCUUGGCAUCAAUGGCAGGCGCGAGUGACCUCCUGGAGCUAUCGGGCUUAAUGCUGUACUUCAUGGCCGCCUGCCAACAGUUAUUCUUCUACUGUUGGUGCUGCGAGGAGCUCACUUACUUGGGUCUAGAAGUGGGCGACGCAGCAUACGACAGCGGCUGGGAGGACUGGGACGUUUCGUCCCAGAAAAGCAUCGUCAUCAUCAUAUGGCGUUCACAGAAGGCUUUCACCUUCAAAGGUGGCUGGUUCUAUACACUCAACGUCGCAACUUUCGUUGAUGUCGCUCGCCAGACGCGCUCUACCUCCGCGCCCGGCGCCACUCUUGCGAUGACCGCACAGUGGCAGGCAGGGUCUGGGCCGGGGAUGCGUGUCCCUGGGACCCAUCUCCCGUCCGUAGACCUCCACGCACAUCUCAGCCCCAUCCUCAGGUGCCUGGCGGUGUUCGGCAUGUGGCCAACCUCCGCCUACACACUCGUCUCCGCAAAGGUAGUGGCGUUAACAACUGGCCUGGCGAUGCUGUCACUCGUUCUGAUGCAACUGGUGGCAGAGGUGAUGGCUUUAGCAGCCUCACCAGUCAGUGGUCCGACCGAGCUGUACCGCUUCAUCUACAACUUCAGCGUGGUGGACCUGCACCUGCAGGGGCUGGGAAAGUGGGCCUUCAUGGUGGCGCGCCGCCGCCGCUACACCAGGCUCGUCGACCGCCUCCAGCACUGCUUCCGUCUGAGUGGCCUCGCUGAUACCAACGACAGCGCUUCUGUGCUAGCUACAUCAGAGACAGCCCGAAAGGUAGCCGUGACGAGGCUCCAGCAACAGCUGAGCGAGUGCCGCCGCCUGAGCAUGUGGGCGACCGCCUUCUGGCUGUGGGUGUGCGUGUACGGCGUCACACACUGGUGCCUCGUCCCCCUCGUCAUCGGCGACAACUCGCUGCCUUUCGACGCUCUCUAUCUGUUCGACGCCAGCCAGCCGCCGCUAAGACAGAUAAGUAAACUAGUUUGGUUCCUGCAUUUCUGUUAA